CCUUCACUUAUGGGUGUGCUGAAGGACACCGAUCAACUUUCCGGUGAUAAAGGGUCGUUGAAUAGUCACGUGCCGGACACGUGAUUAUUUUUAGAGCUGAAAACUCCAAAAUAACCUUUAUCAAUCCCAAAAGUACAUCGCCACCGCCACAACCGGGGACUCACAGGCCCAAAUUGUCAACUAAAUCGGCGGACUGAUUGAAGACCCAAUAGCAAAUAUAGAGAAAGCUUCAUCUUCGGUGUACUUCAGUGGGUGCGAACUCCGGCGAAGACUGAAGACAUACCCAUUCCGGUGACGGGGACACAACCGCGAGCUCCAAAACUACAUCUAUUGCUCGGGGGACGGUGAUUGAACCAGCGCACUCCAGUUCAGAAGUAUCCAACUUUUUCGGUGAUCUUCAUUCUGCAGCAACAAGUCCGGCGAGCUGCAAUCAAAGACCGAACAACCCCAGCGUGUCUUAGUUAAGGUUGGAUAUUCAUCUCCUGCUGAGUCUGGUAUCAUGAAUGACCUAGGCCUCUCUACUGAAGAGUACUCAUUCUUCAGUUCAAUAUUGACAAUCGGAGGUAUGUUCGGUGCAAUAAUAAGUGGAAAAGUUGCAGAUCUCAUUGGCCGGAGAGGUGCUAUGUGGUUCUUGCAAGUGUUUUGCAUCAUGGGGUGGCUUGCAAUAAUUUUCGGAAAGGGAGUUUUGUGGCUCGACAUUGGAAGACUAUCAUUGGGAGUUGGAGUUGGCAUUAAUUAUUAUGUGGCAAGCAUAUAUAUAGCAGAAGUCACACCAAAGAAUAUUCGAGGAGCAUGUUCAUCAUUUAAUCAGUUAUUAAACUCUUUUGGCAUGACACUGAUGUUUUUCAUUGGAAAUGUCAUGACUUGGCGCUUCAUGGCUUUAAUAGGAAUUUUACCAUGUCUGUUACAAGUUGUUGGUUCAUUCUUCAUACCAGAGUCUCCAAGAUGGUUGGCAAAAAUUGGUAGACACAGAGAGUCGGAAGCGACUCUGCAAUGUCUGAGGGGGGAAAAUUGCGAUAUUUCUCAAGAAGCAGCUGAAAUCAAGGAUUACACACAAAUUUUUCAAGGACGCUCACAAUCCAGAAUUUUAGACUUGUUUGAGCGGAGAUAUGCUCACUCACUCAUGGUUGGAGUUGGGCUAAUGUUACUAGUACAAUUUGGUGGGAGCAGUCCAAUUGCAUUUUAUGCAAGUUCUAUUUUUGAAGCUGCUGGUGGCUCCACUAGUGUUGGCACUAAAGCAAUGGCUAUCAUUCAGAUUCCAUUUUCCAUUUUGGGUGUACUCUCAAUGGACAAAUUUGGACGGCGACCACUUCUGAUGGUUACUGCAGCUGUAGCAUGCUUGGGAACCUUUCUUGCAGGACUUGCAUUCCUCUUGCAGGAUUUUCAUCAACAGACGGAGCUCACUGCCAUAUUGGUUAUGAUUGGCUUACCGAUAUUUUAUGCUGCUUUUUCAAUGGGCAUGGGUGGUACACCUUGGGUUAUCAUGUCAGAGAUAUUUCCUAUAAACAUAAAGGGUUCAGCUGGAAGCUUGGUGACUUUCGUCUACUGGUUUUGUUAUUGGAUUGUUUCCUACAGUUUCAACUUCAUAUUUGAAUGGAACUCAGCAGGAGUGUUCUUCAUGUAUGCAACCAUUUGCGGUUUAGUUGUUCUAUUUGUUGCAAGAGUGGUCCCAGAGACAAAAGGACGAGCAUUGGAAGAAAUACAAGCAUCCAUGAUUGGUCUCGUCCAAUGAGAUACUACAGCUAAAACAAAAUAAAUGUUAUAGUGUUUCUAUCUUUGUUUUUUGUGAUUUCCAUGGUAAACAUAGCAACGACAUAAUUUCUGUUACAUUAUUCUAGCAAA